UAGAGGACUCCGCUGCACCCCCUUCCGGCACGGUGGCGGCCGUCGCAGAGUCAGGACCAGCGGGACCCGUUGCUGCUGCCGCGUCUGAAGGACACGAAACAGCAAUCGCUGCUUCAUCCCAACCCCCUGAGGACAAAGAGCGUCUUCUGAAAGGCGCCCUUGCUCGUGCAUUUCGGUACUUUCGCGAUGAAAGUUAUUAUGUGAAAAAAGUUAUGAACCAUGCGCAUGCCGCAAGGCCGGGCGUCGGGGGCGCCAAUCACGGCACUGCUGCUUCCCAGGCCGAGCACACCAACGAGCAGGAGCCAACUCCACCCGUUGUUACCGAUGCCGGCACUAACGAUGCAGGGCAAGCAGAGCCAGCACCCGCGCUUCCGGUCCAGCAUAAUAGCGACGAACAGGAGGCCGCUGACAUAUGCAUUGCAAAUAUGUCUGAACCCAAAAACCUAUGACUGAUGCUCCAUUACGGAUGGUUGCAGCGCUUGCAACGGCAGCCGAACAUGACAAGCUUUUCGAACGCUUUGUGAUGCCUGGCACGCAUUGCAAAUUGCGCUUUUGUAUGAAAAAGGAGGUUUUGCUUUCGCUGCUCCGGCAGCGCUGGUUUUUCCGCCCUUUGAGAUGAAACACGCAUUACUACUUUCAGUUUUCGUUUUCCAGACCCAGACGUAUUUGCAUUCGAUAGGGCAGUGACAACAGCAGUUUCCGGUUAAUCCCGGUUGCUCUGCGGCAAAGUUUGUCGGAAAUGUUCCACUGCUUUCGGAAUGAUUUCAAAAUAUUCGAGGACUACGUCGCUGCAGAGGUCGAGAAGCAUGGCCGACCCGCACUCCACGAGCAGUUGCAAUUCAGGGAACCACAUGCAGCCGCCGCAGGCCAGAAUUUGGGCGAUGGGACAGGAGAUGCUGGCACACCCGGUUUACAGCAGCGGGAAACCAGGACUGUUCCUACCGGCGUCAUUAAUAUUCCGUACGCUGAGCUGCUGGAGAACAAAGCCUUGUGUUUUUACUGGCGCGAGGGUUACGCCAACAACAGAAGCUCAGCGGCUCUGCUGCGUCGCAUUCUCUACACGUUUACCGUCGAACAGGUAACAACCCACAGGAUCCUGAGCCAAAUAUUGAACGUUCAUCAAUUCAUCCGUGGGAAGGAUCCCAAUCCCGAGGGCGGGAACCGAACGGUGCUCAGAGCGGUUAGCCUGCGUGAUGUGGAGCGUUUCAUGGAUCUCACUGGCUUUUUCGCGGAGCGACUGCAGUCCCCGACCUCGUACUUGAGGCAGAAGUACUUCGAAAAUAUCCACCACCGCUUGAUGGAGGAUUUUUCGGAAGAUGCCUGGGAAUCGCAGUCGGACGUGUAUCUCGCCGAAUACCCCCCCUCCACCGGCCGCCUGAGAUUCUCUACCCUGGCGGAAGCGAAGAGAGAAGCAGCUCGCGUGCCAGAUUGUGGAGGGAUCACACAGAGGUGGCCGCACAAUGAGUUCGAGCUCCGUAUCAACUUCAAAUAUGUCUGAUUCUGGAAAAGGGAAAACACAGAAGUUUGUCAUGCAUAGCGAUGGCACACAGGAUCUGGAGUAAGUAUGCGCAUGAAACCAAAUUUCACAACUCUUGCGAGGGAAGCUUUAUUGCAAUGCUUAUUGUGCGUAAGAAAUCCUCUCUCGAGGUGCGCAGAAACAGUUUUUGCUACUCGUGCAAGACGGAUCUUUGUAAUUGUAUGACUGUCAGAGGGCGUAGAAACAUCAAUCAAAAAUGUUAUGGAGCACGACGAGGCUGCACCUUUCCCGACGCAGACAUAUCUGCAGUGGAUACCUCGGGCGGGGACAGAAUUUAAGGUUUCACCUGUCGGAGAAAGGAGUUGGAAGAAACCUUCUCAACAACACGGUGCAGACACUGCUCAACCUGGAGACGCAAUGGAAGUCGACGACGAGGGACAAGGAGCACGGGUCCGCGACG